AUGGACCCAAGCCCAAAUUCCCACUGCCUUUUCUGCUCCACAUCCAGUCCCCAGCAGCCUGUGGAAGAGGCUUGCCAAUAUCUCCUAGAAACUGCAGAGGUGUCCAUGUGUCCACGUCAGCCUGCUUGCUACAAGUAUGGUGUGCCUGGAUGUCCAAGGGACUACAAUCCCGUUUGUGGGACCGAUGGAGAGACCUACUCCAACGAGUGUGUGCUCUGCCUUUCAAACAGUGAAAAUAAAAAGGAUGUCCGAAUUUUCAAGAUGGGAAGAUGCUGA